CAUAAAAUCCCAAAGAAGAAGAAUAGGAGGAAGAACAACAAGAUGGCGCAAAUAAGAAGUUGCUGAGCUGUUGAGAGUUUUGUCUCAACGAGUUUCUCAAUGAUCAGUUAAUCCUGCUGAAGAAACAUCGACAGACUUUUAAGAAAUCAUCGUCAAAUCCGAGGAAGAGAUGGAUGAUCAUCGCAGACUGCUGGAUUUCUCCCGGAGGCCCCAGAUAAUCUUACACCGAAUAGAUUGCCUGCAACAUAACGUUUCUGAGGAGCAGAUAUGUAACCAGGAGAGGAGCUUCACUCUGGACAAGGACGAGUUAGAACCUCUGCAGGUGAAACAAGAACAGGAAUGGCCUGAAAAUCUGCAGAUAAAAGAAGAGCAGGAGGUCCUAGAGCAUCAGCAGAUAAAAGAAAAGCAGGAGGUUCUGGAACAUCAGCAGAUAAAAGUGGAUGAGAAAGAAGAUUACAACAGUCAGGGUGAUAAGCAGCUUGAGCUAAAACAAGAGACAGAUACCAGCAUGGUGGUUCCUAUUUUCGAGACAACAUACCACGCUGAAUCAGAAGCAAACAAGAAACAAGACAUCUUCCAGGAAGCUGCUGAUUCUGAGGACCAAAAUCAGGAAAGAAGAAAACCUUUCUCAUGUGCCAUAUGUAAAAAACGUUUCACUUUCAAAUCUGCUUUUGAGCCUCACAUGAGAACUCACUCUGGUGAAAAGCCAUUUUCAUGUGUGAACUGUGGAAAAAGUAUUAGUCAAAAAUGGGAGUUAACUCGGCACAUGAUGAUUCACACUGGUGAAAAGCCGUUUUCAUGUGUGAACUGUGGAAAAGGUUUUUGUCGAAAACCGCAUUUAACUCGGCACAUGAUGAUUCACACUGGUGAAAAGCCGUUUUCAUGUGUGAACUGUGGAAAAAGUUUUCGUCGAAAACCGCAUUUAACUCGGCACAUGAUGAUUCACACUGGUGAAAAGCCGUUUUCAUGUGUGAACUGUGGAAAAAGUUUUACUCUAAAAUGGGAGUUAACUCAGCACAUGAUGAUUCACACUGGUGAAAAGCCGUUUUCAUGUGUGAACUGUGGAAAAAGUUUUCAUCGAAAACCGCAUUUAACUAAGCACAUGGUGAUUCACACUGGUGAAAAGCCAUUUUCAUGUGUGAACUGUGGAAAAAGUUUUAGUCGAAAACAUGCGUUAACUCGGCACAUGAUGAUUCACACUGGUGAAAAGCCAUUUUCAUGUGUGAACUGUGGAAAAAGUUUUAGUCAAAAACGGGAGUUAACUGAGCACCUGAUGAUUCAUACUGGUGAAAAGCCAUUUUCGUGUGUGAACUGUGGAAAACGUUAUAGUGGAAAACGGGAGUUAACUCGGCACAUGAUGAUUCACACUGGUGAAAAGCCGUUUUCAUGUGUGAACUGUGGAAAAAGUUUUCGUCUAAAACAGGCGUUAACUAAGCACAUGAUGAUUCACACUGGUGAAAAGCCGUUUUCAUGUGUGAACUGUGGAAAAAGUUUUCGUCGAAAACCGCAUUUAACUAAGCACAUGGUGAUUCACACUGGUGAAAAGCCAUUUUCAUGUGUGAACUGUGGAAAAAGUUUUAGUCGAAAACAUGCGUUAACUCGGCACAUGAUGAUUCACACUGGUGAAAAGCCAUUUUCAUGUGUGAACUGUGGAAAAAGUUUUAGUCAAAAACGGGAGUUAACUGAGCACCUGAUGAUUCAUACUGGUGAAAAGCCAUUUUCGUGUGUGAACUGUGGAAAACGUUAUAGUGGAAAACGGGAGUUAACUCGGCACAUGAUGAUUCACACUGGUGAAAAGCCGUUUUCAUGUGUGAACUGUGGAAAAAGUUUUCGUCGAAAACAGGCGUUAACUAAGCACAUGAUGAUUCACACUGGUGAAAAGCCGUUUUCAUGUGUGAACUGUGGAAAAAGUUUUCGUCGAAAACCGCAUUUAACUCAGCACAUGAUGAUUCACACUGGUGAAAAGCCGUUUUCAUGUGUAACCUGUGGAAAAUGUUUUCGUCACAAAAUUAAUUUAACUCGGCACUUGAGGCGUCACAUAGGUGAAAAGCUGUAGAAGUAUUUUCCAUACAUGUCCUAUGUUGAGGUUCACUAUGGAAUUGUUCUGGUUAUAAACUAGAAUAAAUGACUGGAGGGGUUUCAUGUCUAUAAACCUUAAAAUUUUUGUAUUUGUUAAAUGUUCACAUUUGGAUACUUGGAGAUGUGCCACCAUGACACAUUUUCCUGUGGAGAUGCUUUGUUUAUUUGGGUUUUUUUUGCAUAUUCUGUAUCAAAAAACAAUAAUGAUAAACUGUAUGUUAUUGUAUUAACAUACUGUUUAUGUCAAAAUGUAUGUUGUGUGUGUACAACGUGAAGAGCAGAGGGCUCAGCACACAGCCCUGAGGAGUGCCAGUACUGAUGCUGAUAGAUGAAGAGGCUUGGGGGCCCACUGACUAUUUAAUGCAUUAACAGAGUUUGACCGGACAUGGACUCCCUUCCAGAACAUUCUCACAUGAUUGGACUUGAGGGAUUGAUUUGUAUUCUUCUACCCUGUACAGAGAAAGAGUGGGUGGGUGGAUAUUAUUUACUUUAAUACAUUUAUAAUCAAUAAUAAAAUGGGCUGUAAAUUUUCUUUAAUGGUUGUGCAUUCUCAAAAUGAUCUUUAAACA